UGCUUGUCCGGCUUGCUACCGGGCGUCUCGGACUCCGGCAGGAGAGGUUGGGGAGGGCCGGGUGCGGAGACUGAGGGAGCCAUUGUGGGCGGCCUUACAGCCUUUAGACCCAGGCGCCCCGGUCCGGGUCCACGGGAGCUUCGGCGCGGCUGGCCUCGCGAUUUGCUCGGAAGGGGACGUGUCGCAGUGCCUUGUCUAGCCUGUUGGGUGGGAGGGGGGUUCUCCGUCGCACCCCGGCCCAAGUGAGAUGGGUUAGGGAAACAGGCUCCUGUUUACAAUUGCUGGGUCCCGGAAAAGAGCUGCAGUUAAUGGGCUGUCAGUAGGCUAGAUUUCCUGUACCGGAACCUUGGGCACCUAGUGUUGUGCCCGGGACGAGAAUCCCGUUUGGGGACCGGAGUGUGACGCUGCCGCCAGAGAACCUGCAGAGUUCCGGGUUGCGCGGCCAAGCAGAAAAAGGUGUACCUUUCUAGAGCCACCCUCUUGCAUUCUUGAGCCUCAAGGAAAGAUGUGGAGUGGGCUGCUACCUCCUGGCCUGAAUGAAAGUGAUGUUGAGUCGAGUUCGGAAGAUGAAGAAGACACUUUAGAGAACUCUGGACUUAAUGUACAGGAAGGUGAAGAAGGUGGGACCAUUACAGAAACAGAGGUCUCAGACUCCCCUGCAGGUGGACCAAAAACUGAUGCAGAGGCAAAUGUGAACGCCUACGAAGAGUGUCCUUCUGGAGUUCCCGUACAUGUGUGGGAUAAAUUUCAAGAAUUGCAUAAAAAACACUCUGAACAGAAAAUUUCAGCUUCAAGGUUCAGAAGGAAAAAGAGGAAACGCUCCAGAAAAGGAAAAUUGAAGGAUGAAGAGUCUCAUAGCGAACAGUCCACAAGUGAAGCGCAGUGGAAGGAACUUACUCAGUAUUUUGGAGUCAAUGACAGGUUUGAACCUCCUGUGAAAAAGAAAAAAGUUGAGAAGUCGGGCCUUGAGAAGCGCAUCGACCAGGCUGUGGACGAGGGGGACGUGGAGAAGGCUGAGGAGCUCAGCAACCAGCUGGCCACCCGAGAGCUUGGUGUAAAAAUUGCCAAAGCAAUCGCCUGCCACAACUUCGUGAAAGCCAAAAAGGAAGCUGAAAAUUCACAGGUUGCUCGAAAAAAGAAGAAACUUGCAUGGGGGUUUGAAGCGAAGAAGAGAUGGGAAACCAAGAGUAACAUGGGGUACAUGUGACCUGCCGAGUCCUUCCAGAUGUUGUGUCUUCCCUGAGGUUGCACUUGAGUCUGCACUUGCUCAGCUGGCUGAAAAGAUACUCCUGCCUAUGUUAAAUGUGUCAGAAAACUGGUGGAAGUAGAAAAACAAGCAUAAAAUUCGGGGGUUUAUUAUCAGUCUGUUUCUAAAGAGUUCAUUCUAUUGAAGUGAAUGGAAUGGAACGUCCUGGUAUUUGCACAGGGAGUCUGAGCAUACAUGCAGAAAAAAGACCGGGUCUAUUUAUUUAUUCACAGGGACUGACAUUAUCAAGUCGAUUUUACUUUCCAUCCAUCUGGUAGAGCAUAGCCAAUGAGCUCCUUAUGCUUUCUUAUCUGUACUCAGUAUAACUGCACUUAUUCUGGAAUUGUGUUUUUUAAGAUGGGCAUUUGUUUAUAAUGGAUUAGUCAUAAAUCUAGGAAAGUCUCAAUUGAUACUGUUUUACAAAUGACUGUAUCUUAAUGUUUUAGAAGUAACUAUUGGUUCUUUAUUGGAUGCAGUGGAGUUGAUACUUGGCAGUCACGUAAUGAAAGCAGUUGGUUAGUUUUAGUGUACCUUCAGAUAAAAUACUGCAAUAAAGAAAAAGGACAA